AUGAAUGGUAUUUACGUUUUUAAUGGCAGGAGCCGUCCGACGCACCUCUCACUCUCCCGCGACCACCAACCUUCUACAAAUGCGAUUCUGGCUGAGGCCAGGAAAAAGCGUGAGCGACGCGAGAAGAAUAGGGUGCAGCAUGCUGCUGCGCUGUGUUUGCAGCGUAACGCUCGAGUAUGGUUGAGCCGAAUGGCACUUGCUGAUCUUGCAAGAAAUUUGUUUUAUUCCAUUCAUGAUGAAUACCAGGAAACAAUGGAAAGAUCAUUGGGAAACUACUGCUGGGACUUCAAUUUCUUCUGUCGUGGUCAGCGCCGUGGGGUUGAUGACACUCAUUGUUUCUAG